AUGAUCGGUAAACAUUUGGCCCUCGCUCUCUCAGCGGCCGGUCUUUGCGCUGAAGCUGUUGUUAUCGAUCGCAGGCAAACCAAUGCCGCGUCUUCGUCAGCCACCAGCGUUCCCGACUAUUUCCAAUCAACACUCCACCAAUAUGAAGGCCCUACCGCUACCGGCGAGGCUCCCUUCCUUGCCGAGACCAAUGCUGCUCCGUUCUCCGGUGUCUCGUACAUUGCACCCCAGCCGCUUGAGACACAGCAACCUAUCCUUGGGAAUACGGAGAAAAAGAACAUCUUCCAGCUGAUGGGGCAUUUGACCCCCUACACUCCUAAUCCGGAUGGUUUCGGGGUCGACGAAUAUCCUCUCCCGCCUGGUACCAACAUUACCCAGCUUCACAUGCUCCACAGGCAUGGCGAGAGAUACCCCACUUCAACCGACGGUUCAAUCACUCUAGCCGAGAAGAUUGUCAAUGCGUCGGGCACAUUCAAUGCCACUGACGACCUGGCUUUCCUAAACGGCUGGACGAACAAGCUGGGUGCCGAAAUUUUGGUGCCUGUGGGGAAGCAACACUUGUUCGACUCUGGCGUUACCCACUACUACAGUUACGGCCACUUGUACCCCAACAACGGUAGCAAGAUCAUCGCCCGUACUACUACCCAGAACCGCAUGAUUGAAUCCGCCGAGUACUUUCUCGCGGGGUUCUUUGGUCUUGGGUGGACCAAUAAUGCUACGCUCGAGUUGAUCAUUGAGCAACAGAACUUCAACAACAGCCUUGCUGGCUAUUACCAGUGCAAUAACUCCAACGCUGCUGUCAGCGAAGGCGGUAAAAACGCAACAUUGGAAUGGGCGUCCAUCUACCUUGCCAACGCCACCGAGAGAAUCCAAGAGAAGAUCUCUGGUUUCAACUGGACCAUUUCAGACUCGUACUACGCCCAAUCCCUCUGCUCCUACGAGACCGUCGCUCUCGGCUUCUCGCACUUCUGCGGCCUGUUCACCUACGACGAAUGGCUCGGCUACGAAUACAGCAUCGACCUCAGCUUCGCCGGCGGCUACGGCUACCAAUCACCCACCGGCCGCGCCGUCGGCAUCGGCUACGUCGCCGAGGUACUCGCGCGGCUCAACCACCACCUGAUCGACGUGCCGACGGCCCAGGUCAACGUCACGCUCGACAACAGCACCGCGACGUUCCCGCUCGACCAGGCGCUCAACUUCGACUUCAGCCACGACACAAACAUCAUGUCCAUCCUGACGGCCUUUGGCCUGAAGCAAUUCGCUCCUUUCAUGCCGGCCACCGAGUACGUCGCCGACCGGCCCCUCAUCGUCUCGCACAUGGAGCCGUUCGCCGCGCGCCUCGACAUCGAGGUCGUGCAGGCGCCGCAUCCGGUGCUGCCGAAGCGCCCUACUGCUGCCGGUGGCAGUGAUGCAUACUAUAACAGCACCGGCGGACCCACCAAGUACAUCCACUUCGUCCUCAACCAGCGCACCGUCCCGCUCCACGCGAGUUUUCCCGAGUGCGAGGUCAGAGACGAUGGCUGGUGCGCGCUCGACACGUUCAUGCAGGUGCAGCAGACGAAGGUGGACGAGGCGCAGUACGAGUGGAGUUGUUGGGGCGACUAUCCCCCCGUGCCGUAUGGGACCGUGACGGAUGGCGUGCCGGUUGCGGGACCGGGCGCGGGGGCUGGGGGUGAGCUGUGA